UUUGGUAUUACCAAAGAUCCUAAAACAAAUGAUUUUAUGAUGGUUAUGGUUUUAAAAGAUGGUAGUUUAAGACAAUAUUUAAACAACAACUUCAUUUCAAUUAAUUGGGAGGAAAAGUUGCUUAAUUUACAAGGUAUUGCAUUUGGUCUUAAAGAUAUUCAUAAUAAAGGAUUAAUUCAUCAUGAUUUUCAUUGUGGGAAUAUAUUAAGCUCUUCUGUUCCAUAUUUUCAUGUUUCUAUUACUGGUUUGGGAUUAUGUCAACCUGCUAAUGUCAAAUCCUCUCAAAAGAGUAAUAAAAAAAUAUAUGGAGUAUUACCUUAUGUAGCUCCUGAAGUUUUAAGAGGAAAAGAAUAUACUCAAGCAAGUGAUAUCUAUGGAUUUGGAAUCAUUGCAUAUGAAAUUUGUACAGGUUUCCCUCCUUAUUAUGAUAUAGCUCAUGAUGAAUUCUUAGCAAUGAAAAUUUGUAAGGGAUUGAGGCCAACGUCUGAUUAUAAAAUCCCUCAAUUAAUUUUUAAUAUUAUUAAUCAAUGUUGGGAUGCAGACCCUUUAAAGCGACCUGAUGCAAAUGAAUUGCAUGAUUUAAUAGCGGAAUUAGAUAAUGAUAUUAGUGACAAUAAAGUAUCUUCUGUAAUUUAUGGGCAAGUUAAAGAAGCAGAUGAAAUUAAAGAGUCAUCUUUAACAGUUCAAUUACCAUUACCAUCUACAAGUACGCUCUCAUAUAUGUUACAUCCUCAAGCAGUUUAUACAAGCAGACUUUUAGAUUUUAAAAAUCUUCCAGAACCAAAAAAUGCUGAUAAUAAUGAUUUACUGAAGUAGAAUUUUCAGGUUCCUUAAAAAUGGAUUUUACUAAACUUGAUAUUAAUCCUAAAGAUGAAAAAAAUUAAAAUACUUUUAACUUUAAAUGAAAAUAUUUUGUAUAUAAAUCAAAUAUAAUUUUAUUUUGA